AUCCACAAUAAACUCGUAAUAGAUUGUCUGUCAGCAAAAUGACUUUUGUACCAUACUAACCGCAAUGAAUAUAAGACGAACAAAACUACCAAUUAGAGUGAAAAUUGUAAAGUAACAAACUAAGCAAAACCGAAACCGCUCAUUUCAACAACUACCCGUUACAAAUACUUCCCCUCGUUUCUUCCGUUGCCCUAUUCUCCCAAGUGAAUUUCCCGUGGCCCCAAACCCUUUCCCCCCUUUCUAUAAGUAAGCUUUUUCCUAAACCAACACUCUCAUCACUCAAACUCCAGAUCCUAAACCAUAAACGCUAAACUCGAAACCAGAAUUCCCUCAAUCAUGAAAUCUCUAUCGAUCCUCCUCCUCGCAACACUUCUCGUCGCCGCUGCGGCCCGCCCGGCGGUGGCAGAGGUGCAAUGCAACAAGGUCGUGCAGUCUCUGAUCCCCUGCAUCCCUUACCUCACCGCCAUUGGCGGCGGCGCGAAGCCUUCUGGCGGCUGCUGCGACGGGGUGAGGAACUUGAAGAAGAUGGCGCAGUCGUCGCCGGAUGACAAGCGCGCCACCUGCGAGUGCGUGAAGCAAGCGGCUGGAAAGUACUCGCAGGCGAUCAAGCCGGAGGUCGCCACUCAGCUGCCUAAACUCUGCGCCGUGGAAAUCAGUGUUCCCAUUUCCAAAGACACCGAUUGCAGCAAGGCUUUCAGCUCGCGGAAGGCUUGUGGAAAACGCAGGAGCAUGAAGAAGAAAGGAAUCAGAGGAUGGAAAGGGGAAUGUUCGAAUAAGUAAAGCUCACUAGAGAAAUAGUGAGCUGCCCCUUUACAUGAGACGAAAAGUUAAUAUGUUGAGCCUGAAAUAUUAACAAAUCAAGUUGGAAAUGACAAUUCCUGGUUAUAUGAAGUUCCAAUACUUGUUCUGGGAAAUGAGUGGAAGUAGUGAAAAUUUAAAUUUAAAUUUUAAAA